AUGGCAACCGCCACGCGGAGUAAAAAAGCUAAACAGCUCAAGCAAUUAGUUGCCAAACGGGCUAAUUUACUGCAAUCGGCGCAAAUUAUUCACGAUUUUGAGGAACAUUAUGAUCCCUCACAACAAGCCGAGGGAGAUGCGGCUCGUAUAAUUUCGUCCCUGCCAAUUUCGGCGCACAGUUACAUUGUUGCCUGGAAAUUGAUUACUGAUCGCUACGAAGACAAGAAUCUGCUCAUCAAGCAGCAUAUCUCAGCACUCUUUUCGGUUUCUCCGCUAAGCGAGGAAUCCGCAGCUGGCCUUUCUGAGCUAGCGGAUGAGUUCGAGAAACACGUCAAGAUCUUGGACUCAUUAGAAACAAAGGCACAGCAUUGGGAUUCUGUGUUGGUUGAGCUUCUAUUCAGCCGCAUGGAUGCCACCUCGCAGAAACAGUGGGAAAGUACUCGCGACAAAACUGCUCGUCCUUUAUACGAUGACCUUAUUAAGUUCAUCCAUCAAUACUCGCGUACACUGCAGUCUCUUCAGCUCUCCCAAACCGUCUGUGCUCCGACACUGGAGGCUAAGCCAUCGAAACCACGAUGUGCAUCGAAUCAUUCGGCUGCAGAACAGCCACCCAGGUGCGCAGCGUGCCAACAGGCACAUUUUUUGUUUCAAUGCGACUUUUUUCGGAAUCAAACUCCACACCAACGUUUUGAUUUGGUGAAGCGUAACAAUUUGUGCAUCAAUUGCAUCAAGGCAACCCACCAGGCUAGGAACUGUAGCAGUGGGUCCUGCAAAUAUUGCCAGAAGAAGCAUCAUACAUUGCUUCAUCUCCCGUCAUCUGCUUCCUUGAUAACAACUGAAGCUCCACCACAUAACCGAUCCUACACUACCAUCCCAAAUCUCAAUCUGUCGCAUUCUCCUUCGGUUCCGUUAAACAGUGACCCGGAUGUCACUUCGGUGAAUCGUUCGAUUUCGUUGCCGUCGCCGUCGGUAUUUGCGCCUCGCCUGCCCUCGCCGGGAACAGUCACACCUCCGUCUACCUCCUGUCAAACCGUUACGCCGAGUAAAGUUGAUGAGAACACCGUGAUUCUGUUCACCGCUUUAGUGAAUAUUCACGAUAAUCACGGGACUCGCCAAAUGGCACGUGCGCUACUGGAUAGUGGUUCGCAAUCAAGCUUCAUUUCCGAAUCGUUGUGUCAGCGCUUAUCGCUAAACCGAACAAAAAUCAACAUGCCCGUCAACGGCAUCGGCCAAUCCAUUGUUAAUGUACGAUACGCAGUGUCAGUGAACAUUUCAUCCCGCUUCAGUGCACAACACUUUCCGUUGGACUGCUUGGUGCUACCGAAGCUAACAGUAAACCUCCCUACGAAGACAGUGAAUAUCAGUUCAUGGAGAAUUCCCAAACAUCUUCCGUUGGCGGAUCCACAGUUUUUCCAGUGCCACGGUAUCGAUUUAAUUAUCGGUGCUGAGCUCUUGCCGUUCAUUCUACAACCGGAACAAAUACAUUUCGACGACCAACUGCCGCCGCUUCAGAAGACAAGCUUUGGAUACGUGUUCUCUGGAAAGGUACCCACAUCUGCGACAACUCCAGUUACCUGUCUUGUCUCUACUUUCGACAACCUGGAUGCACAAGUGAAAAAAUUUUGGGAAGUUGAAAAUUUCGACACCGGAAAAUGUUUUUCUGCCGAAGAACAGCUAUGCGAAGCACACUUCGUAUCUACGCACUGUCGGAACAGCGAAGGCCGGUAUGUAGUGCGUCUUCCGGUUCGAGAGGAACUUCUUCCGUCUAUUGGAGACACCUGGAGCACUGCCGCUCGCCGAUUCUCUGCCGUAGAAAGACGUUUUCGCUCUGAUGAAACGCUGCAUAAGAGCUAUGCAGAAUUUAUGGAAGAGUACGAACGGCUCGGUCACAUGGAGGAGGUGAUGACUCGCGUCGCGUUGCCCCAGUAUUUUCUGCCCCAUCAUGCGGUAAUUCGCCCAGAAUCGUCGACAACGAGAAUUAGGGUGGUCUUCGAUGGCUCAUCUAAAAGCAGCAAUCAACUCUCUCUGAACGAUCUUCUCCUCACUGGGCCUACAGUUCAACCACCUAUGCUAUGCACCGUGAUAAACUUUCGAUUCCACCGCUUCGUCAUGAAGGCGGACGUGGAAAAGAUGUUUCGUCAGAUUCUAGUUCAUCCCGAUGACCGAAAUCUACAACAGAUUGCCUGGAGAAAGAGUGAAAACGAGCCGUUGAAGAUCUACCGUUUAAACACUGUCACAUAUGGUACUUCUUGUGCCCCGUUCUUAUCAACACGAGUUCUCAAUCAGCUUGCGGACGAUGAAGGUCGUGAUUUCCCGCUUGCUGCUGCUAUCAUCAAGGAGGACUGCUACAUUGAUGAUGUCCUCACUGGAGCCACCACUAUCGAAGCUCUGCUUGACGCCAACAAACAGUUAAACGGACUUUUCGCAAGAGGCGGCUUUUCCCUUCGAAAGUGGAGCGCUAAUCAUCCAAGCAUUCUGGAACAGAUUCCAGAUGAUCUCAAGGAAGAUCAAACAUCAUUGGAACUCGAUCGAUCUUCAUCAAUUAAGACUCUUGGACUUCUUUGGUUUCCAAAAGAGGACAAUUUUGGAUUCAAAGUUCCAGAACUUCAAACUAUUUCGAAGCUGACGAAACGUACUGUACUAUCGGAGAUGUCCUCGCUGUUUGACCCGUUGGGUCUUGUAGGUCCAGUGGUAGCAAGCGCAAAGAUGUUUGUUCAGCAAUUGUGGCAGGAGAAACUAGAUUGGGAUGAAGAACUUCAAGAACCUCUCCGAUCAUGGUGGCUGUCAUUUCGAACUUCGAUUAGUAGCAUCCGAAAUCUUCGCGUACCUCGAUGGGUAUUCGGAGAAAAUGUAAAGCAGUUUGAGUUGCAUUGUUUUGUUGAUGCCUCUUCGAAAGGGUAUGGAGCUUGUAUCUAUGCAGUUUCCGGAAGUUCGUCCACGAUCCUUACCAGUAAUUUGCUUAUAGCAAAAUCACGAGUCGCUCCAGUAAGUGGCUAUUCUACCCCACGAUUGGAACUCUGCGCAGCCGUUCUGGGAAGUCAACUGGCGGAUAACAUUUGCAAAGCAACAAAAUUCGCCUCGAAGAUCACUUUCUGGUCAGACUCCUCUAUCGUGCUGCAUUGGAUCAGCUCGUCAUCGUCUUCAUGGAAAAUAUUCGUUUCCAACCGCGUUGCUGAAGUCCAGAAGCUCUCCGAAGGUGCCCAGUGGCGGCAUGUACCUACACAAGAAAACCCUGCUGAUCGUUUAUCCCGAGGAAUGCAACCUGAAGACAUUGAGGACGAUAUGCUAUGGUGGCAUGGACCAUCCUUUUUGCUCGAACCACCAAGUGGUUGGCCAGAUCCGAUCAUUCCGCUGUCGGCGACCGAUGUUCAACAGCAGUCGACUGAGCAACGACAAAUAAUCUCAUUUGUAGCCGUUACAUACGACGAUUCGCUAAUUCGUAGAGGUGCAUCAGUAAAGGUGUGGGUCGCAGUGUACGUUUGUUUCGCCGUGAAAGCCGUAGUCCUCGACAUUGUCGCCGGUUUGUCGACGGAGUCGUGCGUCAAUUCGUUAAGGCGCUUCGUGAGUCGUGUCGGUCGCGUUCGUACUAUACACUGUGACAACAGCACUACGUUCGUCGGCGCGUUUCGUGAAAUUAAGGAGAUGCGACAAGUUUUGGUGGAUCAGCUGAGCAACACUGCGUGGACAACUGAAUGUUUGGAAAGAGGCAUCGAGUUCCAGUUUAUUCCGCCACGGGCACCACAUUUUGGCGGCCUAUGGGAGGCCGCAGUAAAGGCCUUCAAACGGUUAUUUCUGAAAACCAUCGGGGCUGCUCCGCAUCACUACGACGACAUGCGCACAGCCGUUGCGCAAGCAGAGUGCAUCAUGAACUCUAGGCCAUUGACACCUCUAUCCAACGAUCCGCAGGACCUCUCCGCACUGACCCCUGGUCACUUUCUUCUAGGAGAGUCUAUCUAUUGCUUACCUGAGCCAGAUCUUUCCGAGGUUCCGACUAACCGUCUCAACCAUUUCCAGGCUACUCAACGCUCUGUCACCGACCUUUGGAAGCGUUGGUCCAAGGAAUACAUUGGGCUACUGCAUCAACGGCCUGCAAAAUGGCGGAAGACACCCACCGAAUUUCGCGUUGGUACCAUGGUACUAGUGAAGAAAGAUGACGUACCAUCGAAGCAAUGGCCUCUUGGUAGAGUCGUGGCCGUAUUUCCCGGAAACGACAAUAUCGUUCGCGUAGUAGAUGUGCGCACCCAGCUUGGCGUCCGACGUCGUGCAACCUCUGAGUUAUGCGUUCUUCCUACCGAUAACAACCAGUGA